AUGAUGCUCCUCGCAUGGCUCCAGAAACUGCUAAGGACGUUUGAUACUGUAUCUGGUUUAGCCGAUUUAGCUCAGCAGCAUCUGAAGAAAGCUGUCGAAUAUAUCAGUGAAUUACAACAAAAAGAUCUGAGACGGCUAUCUUGUUCCCCGUCAUUUUCUGUGUGUGGGAUAAAAAUUUCCCGACUACCAGACCUCGUUUAA